AUGGCGGGAAAGGGCGAUCACCAAGAGAGCAGGAGGGCCGCGAAAGCUGCUGUCGGGACAGGACUUGCUGCGAUGGAGAGGAAGCAUUCUGCGGAAAGGGCCAAGCUGGAGCAAGAGCGUGUGGAGAUGCUGCGGCUGUUGGACGAGGAUAUCGCUGCUGAUGAAGACGGAUUGCGGUUUGAGGCGAAGUUUGAAGAGGGCUCUUAA